CUUCUUCGUGGCAGGAGGAGAUUGUUGCUAGUGCCACGUUGAUGGAGACCAGUGGGGACGUGGAAAUCUGUCUUGAGUCUGUAGCCGGGAUCCGACAGAUAGAUAGAUAGAUAGCUCUCCUUCUUGUUUUUACAACCACUAAUCCUCAAGCAGAACUGAAACAGGAACCUGUACAGCUGGAGGAGCGUUUGUCAUUAUUGUUUUUAUGUGUGUGUUCAUGUGAGAGGGAGCAAAGAAGGGAAGGAUGAAACUUAAAGAGAUCAACCGCACAGCCAUCCAGAGCUGGAGUCCUGCACAGCACCACCCCAUCUACCUUGCAACAGGAACAUCAGCCCAGCAGCUGGAUGCCUCCUUCAGCACCAAUGCCUCCCUGGAGUUUUUCGAGUUGGAUUUGACGGAGCCAUCUCUGGACAUGAAGUCAUGUGGCAGCCUCUCCUCCUCUCACAGAUACCACAAACUGGUUUGGGGUCCUUAUGGAAUGGAUUCCGAAGGUCACCCAUCUGGGGUCCUUGUUGCGGGAGGCGAGAACGGCGACGUCAUCCUGUACGACCCUGCAAAGAUCAUGGCUGGAGAGACCGACGUGAUCAUUGCUGAGAGUGACAAGCACACGGGGCCAGUGAGAGCUCUCGACGUUAACCCGUUCCAGACAAACCUGGUUGCAUCAGGUGGGAAUGAGUCUGAAAUCUAUAUCUGGGACAUGAAUAACUUUGGCUCUCCAAUGACACCAGGACCUAAAACUCAGCCUCUGGAGGACAUCAGCUGUGUGUCGUGGAACAGACAAGUCCAACACAUUCUGGCCUCUGCCAGCCCGAGUGGCCGAGCCUCCGUGUGGGACCUCCGCAAGAAUGACCUCAUCAUUAAAGUUAGCGACCACAGCAACAGAAUGCAUUGCUCCGGGCUGGCGUGGAACCCAGAAGUGGCCACUCAACUGGUCUUGUCCUCGGAGGACGACCGGAUGCCGGUCAUCCAGAUGUGGGACUUACGAUUUGCUACCUCUCCUUUCAAGAUUUUAGAGAACCACACACGGGGUGUCCUGUCCAUCAACUGGAGCCUGGCUGAUCCCGAGCUGCUCCUGAGCUGCGGGAAGGACAACAGGAUUCUGUGCUGGAAUCCAAACACAGCAGAGGUGCUGUACGAGUUGCCCACCGCCAGCCAGUGGUGCUUUGACAUCCAGUGGUGUCCCAGGAACCCCGCGGUGCUGUCGGCUGCAAGCUUUGACGGACACAUCGACAUCUACUCCAUCAUGGGAGGAACCAACCAGGCGCAGAGCAAGAGACACGCUGACCAUAUUAGCAACUCGUUUGGGAACAUGGAUCCUUUUGGGACGGGACAAACUAUGCCGCCGCUGCAGCUGCCCCAGACUCCCGCCCCUCCAGCUACAGUCAACCCCCUGAAGAAGCCACCCAAGUGGAUCCGCAGACCCGUCGGAGCCUCGUUCGCUUUUGGUGGGAAGCUGGUGUCUUUGGAGAACACAAAGCCGAACCCUCAGCAGCCUCAGCAGCCCGCUUCUCACGUCGUACACAUCAGCCAGGUUGUUACAGAAACUGACUUUUUGAAGCGCUCCGCUCAGCUGCAGGCCACGCUGGGUGCCGGCAGCUUUGUGGAUUUCUGCCAGGAAAAGAUCAAUGCUGCUGAAAAUGAGUUUGAAAAGACACUUUGGUCUUUCCUCAAGGCUAAUUUCGAAAGUGACAUCCGCAGCAAGUACCUGGAACUUCUGGGAUACAACAAAGAGGAGCUAGCCUUAAAGAUUUCAGCAGCACUGGAGGAAAAGCCAGCUGAACCUCCACAGCUGGAGGUGCCCGCUCCAGUCAGCCUGCAGCCUUUACCAGACCUCAGCCUCGCACCGCCUGCUGACACUCCGGAGGCAGCGUUCGACAUGAUUGCUGCUGCUGCUGCCGCACCGCCUGCUGACACUCCCGAGGCAGCAUUCGACAUGAUCGCUGCUGCUGCUGCCGUGCCGCCUGCUGUCACUCCUGAGGCAGCGUUUGAUAUAAUCGCUGCAGCAGCCGCACCUCCUGCUGACACUCCUGAGGCGGCGUUUGAUAUGAUCACUGCAGCAGCAGCACCUCCUGCUGACACUCCUGAGGCGGCGUUUGAUAUGAUCGCUGCAGCAGCAGCACCUCCUGCUGACACUCCUGAGGCGGCGUUCAACAUGAUUGCUGCUGCUGCUGCUGUCGCGCCGCCUGCGGAAAAUCCAGAGGCGGCGUUCGACAUGAUCGCUGCAGCAAACCUUCAGCCAGCAGCCACGAUGGAACUGGACUCCGUUCCUGACCCCGAGACAGAGGACUCAGCAGAUCCAGAGGACGCUCUGACCAGCGAACCAGAAGAAAAUGGGGACCAGGUUCUCCCAGAGGAGGAAGCAGAGGAAGAGGAGAUCCCCUUGGAUGACGAGGAGACAGCAGCACCAGUGGAGGAGGAGCCCAGUCCUCCUGAGACCUCAGCUCCAGUUGAGGAGCCCGCUGAGGAUCCGGCUCCGGUCGAGGAAAUCGCUGAUGAUCCAGCUCCAGUUGAGGUGCCCAGUCCUCCUGAGAUCUUAGCUCCAGUCGAGGAGCCCGUUGAGGAUCCAAAUCCAGCUCCAGCUCCAACUCCAGCCCAAUCAGACGGAGUCAGUCUCAGCAUCAGUCAAGAUGUGGACGGGCUCAUCACACAGGCCCUGCUGACCGGAGACUUUGAGGGAGCCGUGGAGCUCUGUCUCCAUGACAACCGGAUGGCAGACAGCAUCAUCCUGGCCAUCGCCGGAGGGGCCGAGCUCUUAGAGAAAACCCAGAAGAAGUAUUUUAUGAAAACACACAGCAAGAUAACCAAGCUGAUCAGCGCAGUGGUGAUGAAAGACUGGCAUGACAUCCUGAAGACGUGUGACCUGCAGAACUGGAAGGAAGCUCUGGCUGCGGUCAUGACCUAUGCUCAGCCCGAGGAGUUCUCCUCCCUCUGUGACCUUCUCGGGGGCAGACUGGAGGCAGCAGAGGUCGCCCAACUGCAAGCCCAGGCCUGUCUGUGUUACAUCUGUGCUGGGAACGUGGAGAAACUUGUGUCCUGCUGGACCAGAGCACAGGGCGGACACUGUCCACUCUCUCUCCAGGACCUGGUGGAGAAGGUGGUGGUGUUGCGGCGUGCAGUGGAGCUGACCCAGCGCUCCGGUCCCACUGCUAUCGGCAUCCUGCUGGCUGAGAAGAUGAGCCAGUAUGCCAACCUGCUGGCCUCCCAGGGCAGUCUGUCCACCGCCAUCACCUACCUGCCUGACAACACCAACCAGGUUUCCGUACAGCAGCUCCGUGACCGUCUCAGUCGGGCUCUGGGGCAGCAAGCGGCUCCGGCGCCAACUCCUGCAGCUCCGGUACAAACCCAGAGAGCUCCGUCUCAGCCUCCUGCCCCGACUCAGACUCAGCACGCCUCAGCCAUGCCCCGGCAUCCGUUCACCCCGAUGCAGCCCGCCAUGGUGCCUCGGCUCACUGCAGCAGCAGCACCUCCAGUGGCCAUGCCUACACCUGCUGCCUCCGCUCCACCACAGCCGCAGUAUUACCAGCCGGUGAGGGCUGCCUCCACUGUCACCUCCUGGAGUAACCAGACUCCCACAGCCCUCCCCAAUGUCCCUCCUCCUCCUCUUCAAGUAGGCAGAGCCCCAGAGCAGCAGGUGGAGCCUUCAAACCCCAUGUACGGGAUGCCUCCCUCCUGCACAGCUGCUGCUCCACCUCCGGUCUCCUCCACUCCUGCAUACAUGUACUCCCAACAGUACCAGCCCUACCCCCAGGUCCACCAGUACCCCCCUGGAGCUGGGGGGCCGACUAUCUAUCAGCCUCUUCAGUACUCCUCUGCUGCUGCUCCUCCUCCUGCAGAGCCCCCCGGCUUUCUCUCUCAGUACACACAGCCGACGUCUCCGGUCUAUCCCGGACAUCCUCCCAUCAGCCAGUGCCUGUCCUCCUCUCCUCAAACCCAUAUUCCUCCUUACUUUCCAAAUUCCUCCUCUUCCUCUUCAUCUUCCUUUUCCGUUCCUCCGUCCUCCGGAGCGUCUUUCCAGCAUGGCGGGCCAGGAUCUCCUGUGUCGUAUAUGCUUCCUCCUCCGCCGAGCGGAGUCUCAGGGCCUCAGAACGGCUGGAAUGACCCUCCGGCUCUGAGCAGAGCAUCAAAGAAGAAGCCGGCUCCAAUGAACUACACCCCUCCUGCCCCCAUCAUGGCUCCGCUGGGCGUUGACCCUCAGGCUCAGCCGGUAUCCUCUGGAGGCCCUCCGGUCAUGGGUCAGGGUCCGCACGGUGCCCAGGUCCCCUAUUCGGGCAUGCACCAGCAGCACCAGCAGCACCAGCAGCAGCACCAGCACCAGCAGCAGCAGCAGCUCUCGCCUCCACCCAUGAACCCUGCGAUGCCCAAGACCAGUAUGGAGGGGGCACCAGGAGCACCUACUGGAGAUCAUAUACAGCCUCUGCAGUCCAUCCCUGCUGAGAAGAUCAUGAAGAAGCCCAUCCCCGACGAGCACCUGGUCCUGAAGACCACAUUUGAGGGGCUCAUUCAGAAGUGCUUGGCUGUAGCUACCGACCCUCAAACUAAGAGGAAGCUCGACGACGCCAACAAACGUCUGGAAGCGCUCUAUGAUAAACUCAGAGAGCAGACACUCUCUCCCGCCAUCGUAGGAGGACUUCACAACAUCGCCAGGAGUAUAGAGGCCCGAUCCUACACGGAGGGCCUCAACAUCCACACCCACAUAGUCAGUCACAGCAACUUCAGCGAGACGUCGGCGUUCAUGCCCGUACUCAAGGUAGUGCUGACGCAAGCCAACAAACUCGGGGUGUGAUCGGGGCUGAAAACUCCUCCGAGAGCUUCGACCGGCGCGGCGCAGAGCGAGCGAGCGAGCGGCGGUCUGAGCUCGCUUCACAGGGAGCGCAGUGCAAAUGACGAAGAAUUCUGAGAUGUAUGAAAAUCCUGUAAAAUUCUUCUUUGUGCCAUUCACGUUUUCUGACACAACCCAAACACAAGCCAUGCUAUCAGUCGCACUCAGUGGUGAAAGUGACUUCUGGGCCCGCUGCAAACUAAUGAAUUAAAGGGCUAGUUAAAUUCAACACCUUAAUCUAACCAACAUGCUAAACAAAUUACACUAAAUAUUUGUUUUUAAUUCAAACUUGUAGCCAUAUGGAUUCACAUGAGAAUUCAAUGAAUAUGCAAUAAUCGUACUGAAGCAUAAUAAAAGUAAAAAUCUCCAAAUUAGCAAGCGAAAUGUAAGGAAAGCACAGCUUGAGCAUCAUGGAAAUAGGAAUAAAUAUGGAAUUUAUAGACCAGAUUCAGGAAUUUUAAGGGCAUUUCUAUUUACUUGUGUUGAGAUGAUCAUAAUAAAUAAAAGAAUAAAGCUAAAUAUCAAUGAAUUUGGCAUUAAGAGCAGACUGCUGAUGCAGCAGUGCAGCAUGCUUUCAUGCAAAUAAUCAUUUAAGAAAUAUUAGCUUGUUCAUCUUUAUAGUUUUUUUGAUAUUUGUGCACUACAUUAAUGCUCAGAUACCUUUUUAUAAUCCAUAAAUACAUAGAAUUUUCUCUUGAAAGUACAAAAUCAUGCAUUCUUUUUUAACUAAUUAAGGAGACAAAAUGUGGAUUCAUUUUAAAAAAGGGCAUUAGAUUGACCAGUAGUCCCACUCGCAAGCAUUUAAAGCUAAAUCAAUGUGUUAUUAAUGUACUUAAUAGGACUUUUGUUAGUACUCUAAUCCCCUCUUUGUGCUUCUACUGGCUUACUUUCACCACUGGUGUCGCUACAUACAACACAUUGGACCAAGAUGUUAUCAGUGUGUGGGAUCUGUCAAUGCAAAGCAAUGCAAUCCCAUUUGUUGAGGAUGUUUUAUUUCAUUUUUGUAGUCUUUUUUUCAGUUUAAUCAUGAGGCUCAGCAAAGUGCAACGGACUUUUUAAAAGAGAUAAACUGUGCUUUUAUGGAAUUUUAAAGUAUGCAUGCUUAAACAAACGCUAACAGUCAGUCAGUAAUGGCAUCUGGAGGUAAUUAUCGGCUAAUUAAUCGGACCUCAGAAGGAAACUGGAAGUUAGACUUGUACUUGAUUUUCAUUCCAACUAUGAUGAGGGCUGUAGGCUGAGUGGUCAACCUCAGUUUGUGUUGUUAAUAAAGGAAAAAAAACAAGUGUUUGUUUAAGAUUGACUACAUGCAAUAUUUUCAAUAAAUAGUAUUUAUUUACAAUA